UUUCCGCGCACUGUCACACUAACUCAAUGCGCUGGUGUAGAGAAAUUUCAACAACAGCCGAAGAAAUUGUAAAAAUUAUCUUCUUUUCGCAUUCCUUGAGCUGUCUCGAGUUGCGGGCGUGAGUGUGCGAAAGCCGGAGCAGCAGCUGCGAACGUCACGGUCGCCGGAAGUGGGCCACAAUGCGGAGCGGAGUCCCGGCCACAGGUCCCAUCGAAUGAAUCGUCGAGUUCCCGUGAGGGCGUCUGAAAAAAUCAAUCGGACUCCACUCCGCCGCGAAAGAGCAGGAUGAGCAGCAACAACAACGCCCCGGCCCCAGACUCCGGCUCCAUCAAUGCCAACGGUCCUGUCUCCGACAGCAACCUGGUCAUCAUCCAGGACAUGAUUGAUCUCUCGGCCAACCAUCUGGAGGGCCUGCGCACUCAGUGCGCCACCAGUUCUACGCUGACGCAGCAGGAGAUUCGAUGCCUGGAGUCCAAGCUGGUGCGCUACUUCUCCGAGCUGCUCUUGGCCAAGAUGAGGCUCAACGAGCGCAUCCCGGCCAACGGGCUGCUGCCCCACGCAACGGGCAAUGAGCUGAGGCAGUGGCUCCGCGUGGUGGGCCUCAGCCAGGAGACCCUCACCGCCUGCCUGGCGCGCCUGACCACUUUGGAGCAGAGCCUGCGCCUCAGCGACGAGGAGAUCCGCCAGCUGCUGGCCGACAGCCCCAGCCAGAGGGAGGAGGAGGAGCUGCGUCGCCUGACCAGGGCCAUGCAGAACCUGCGGAGGUGCAUGGAGUCGCUGGAGAGCGGCACUGCGGCCAGCAACAACGAUCCGGAGCAGUGGCACUGGGACUCCUGGGACAGGUCCAUCCACAUUCACCGCGGCAGCGUGGGAAACAUAGGACUGGGUCAGAACUCCAGCGCCUCCCCGAGAACCCAUCAUCGCCAGCAUGGUGUCAAGGGGAAGAGCACCGCUCUGGCCAACUCAACCAGCUCGAGGAGCGGCCGUCAGUCGCCCACAGCGACGGAGGAGCUAAACAGUACACAGGGUUCCCAGCUGACCCUGACCCUCACGCCCUCGCCACCCAACUCGCCCUUUACGCCCUCCAGUGGGCUGAGCAGCAGCCUCAACGGAACACCGCAGAGGAGUCGCGGCACACCGCCGCCCGCCAGGAAGCACCAGACCCUGCUGAACCAGAGCCAGGUGGACGGAGAGCAGCCGGCACGCAAUCGUUUGCCCACUGAUCCCAGCCCCGAUAGCCACAGUUCCGCCAGCUCGGACAUAUUUGUGGACGCAAAUACCAAUGCUAGCUCCAACGUGCUCCUGGUGCCAUGUUCCCCGGGCGUCGGCCACGUGGGCAUGGGCCAUGCCAUCAAGCAUCGCUUCACCAAGGUCAUUGGCUUCAUGGCCACCUGCACGCUGUGCCAGAAGCAGGUGUUCUCCCGCUGUCUCAAGUGCACCGACUGCAAGUACAUCUGCCACAAGUCGUGUGAGCCACACGUCCCGCCUUCCUGCGGACUGCCUCGCGAGUAUGUGGACGAGUUCCGGCACAUAAAGGAGCAGGGCUACGCCAGCCUGCCGCAUGUUCACGGCGCGGCCAAGGGCUCGCCGCUGGUGAAGAAGAACACCCUGGGCAAGCCGAUGCAUCAGCAGCACGGCGACAGCAGUUCGCCGAGCUCCAGCUGCACCAGCUCCACACCGAGCAGUCCGGCGCUGUUCCACCAAAGGGAUCGUGAGCUGGACCAGGCUGGCAGCAGCUCCAGCGCGAAUCUGGUGCCCACGCCAUCGCUGGGCAAGCACCAGCAGGCUCAGUUCAACUUUCCCAACGUGACGGUUACGGGAAGUGGCGGCAGCGGAGGCGAUACGCUCAUCUCCAACGAUCCAGUGCCAGAGCAAUUCCAGGCGGUGCCCAUCACCGCCAACGGUGGACUGGACAGUCUGGUGAGCAGCUCCAACGGGCACAUGAGUUCCCUGAUCGGCAGCCAGUCGUCGAAUGCUUCCAGCGUGGCCACCGUGACUGGUCUGGUCAACAGCACAACCACAACCAGUACGAGCAGUUUCUUUCCGCGCAAACUGAGCACAGCCGGAGUGGACAAGAGGACGCCCUUUACCAGCGAGUACACGGACACCCACAAGUCGAAUGACAGCGACAAGACAGUCUCUUUGUCCGGAAGUGCCAGCACGGACUCGGACAGGACGCCCGUGCGAGUGGAUUCAACGGAGGACGGAGAUUCGGGGCAGUGGCGACAGAACUCCAUUUCACUGAAGGAAUGGGACAUUCCGUACGGCGACCUGCGCCUGCUGGAGCGGAUCGGUCAGGGGCGCUUUGGCACUGUGCAUCGAGCCCUGUGGCACGGAGACGUGGCAGUGAAGCUGCUCAACGAGGACUACCUGCAGGACGAGCACAUGCUGGAGACGUUUCGCAGCGAGGUGGCCAAUUUCAAGAACACUCGCCACGAGAAUCUGGUGCUCUUCAUGGGAGCCUGCAUGAAUCCGCCGUACUUGGCUAUUGUGACUUCUCUGUGCAAGGGCAACACCCUGUACACGUACAUCCACCAGCGGCGGGAGAAGUUCGCCAUGAACCGGACCCUUCUGAUUGCCCAGCAGAUCGCUCAGGGCAUGGGCUACCUGCACGCGAGGGAGAUCAUCCACAAGGAUCUGCGCACCAAGAACAUCUUCAUCGAGAACGGCAAGGUGAUCAUCACGGACUUUGGCCUGUUCAGCUCCACCAAGCUGCUCUACUGUGAUAUGGGCCUGGGAGUGCCCCACAACUGGUUGUGCUACCUGGCGCCGGAGCUCAUCCGGGCUCUGCAGCCGGAGAAGCCGCGCGGCGAGUGCCUGGAGUUCACCCCCUUCUCGGAUGUCUACUCCUUUGGAACAGUGUGGUACGAGCUGAUUUGCGGCGAGUUCACGUUCAAGGAUCAGCCGGCGGAGUCGAUCAUCUGGCAGGUAGGCCGAGGGAUGAAGCAAUCGCUGGCCAACCUGCAGUCCGGACGGGAUGUCAAGGACCUGCUGAUGCUGUGCUGGUCGUACGACAAGGAGCACCGGCCGCAAUUCGCGCGACUGCUGUCGCUGCUGGAGCAUCUGCCCAAGAAGCGACUGGCGCGCAGUCCCUCCCAUCCCGUCAACCUCUCCCGAUCUGCAGAGUCCGUGUUCUGAGGGAGCUGCCGCCUGAUAAACUAGGCUAGCUUGCUUUCUUCCCAAACAAUAGUAAACUCUCCUAAGCAAAGAUUGUAAAUACCUAAACGUAACUACCAAAUUAUA